AUCCUGUCUUGGUUUGCUUCUUAUACACCUGUUCUGGUGUGCAAGUCUAGCGAGAACCACGGCAAACAAACUUGCUCGCUUGGCUUAAUUUUAUUGUCAAAUUCUGCUGAAGGAUUGCUUUUACAGUUUGAAAAGGACGACUUGUACCAUCAUCGCGAUAAGCGCUUUAUGUUAUUUUCGUGCCGUUAUCGAUAAUUCUUUGAAAGGUCAUGUCAAUGGAGGUUUCCCUCGAAGAUUACCCUUCAAAAAGUCAUCACUAUCGUGGGACAAAGGGGCUGCUCAUUCGUCGAAAAUCCGCAAGUCUCUUCCUUUAAUGAUUGUAUGUUGUGUCUCAGGUGCCGACGACAUAAACACUAAAGGUUUCUCUAUUCCAUCAUCUUGCCGACCUCCACCGGCAUCCGUUUCUCGAAAUUUAGGACGUUUGAUAUUCUGCCAAGUGUGUGGACACAUUAUCGAGGUUCCUUUGGGCCAUUCAAAGCUAGUUGUAUUAUGUAGCAACUGCAAAGAAGCAACGCCGGCCCAUCCACCACCAAGCGACCGACGGUUUUUCCGAUGCACCUGUGGACGGCUUAUUCUUGUUCCCGUGCAUGUACACUCCGUCUAUUGUCCUCGACCCGAGUGUCAUCAGCUGUUAAGACUUCCAGCUGCCAAAGUUGAAGAGCUUACUCGACCCCAGUCCACCCAAAUGCAGCCUGCUGCCGAAAUCGGAGCCACACAUGAGAUGGCUAUUGAAACAUCGACGGUGCCUGGACAGAAGGAGGGGACGAGACCGAUCGAACUUCGCUGCGGAUUUUGUUACUCCCGCUUUUUCGCCCCAAGCUCACUUGGCCUGACUUCGGACGCUAGAUGCCCCCACUGCAGUCGCCUAACUUCAGUCGGUCCGGAUUUCUCCCACAGGAGAGCAAUUAGCCUUGGUAUCUACUCCUUCAUCUCUCUUGCAGUUGCUGUGUCAACUUCAGUUAUCACGUACGUCUACCGUGAACAGACAGCUGGUCUCCAUUCAGUAAAUAUCGGUCUCGGAUUCGGAGGACUUGUGAUGGGCAUUAAAGCUAUCGGUUAUUACCGGAUGCCCGUCAGCCGCAUUGUCAUCGGUGGAUGUGAGAUGUGAAUUGCCCCAGGCGCACUCCACAGUGAAAGUUUCUCGUCAAUUCAUGUAUCAAAACUUGGGAACGGAUCCAAUGUAGAUAGUUUACGAAUCACAGAUGCUACUAUGGUGCUAACAUUUUCACUUAACCAAAUGACGGAGGCUUCCAUGACAGACUUACAUGGCUUGCACAAUGCUGUACACCCUCCGAAUGAAGCGACGAUCGAGUCUCCGACACUCACGAGCUGACGCUUUUUGCCUAAUCACAUUACUUUUCUACUGAAGCGAUUGUUGAAAUAAAACAAAAUAAACAGCACCCUGUGUUUAAUGUUCUCAAAGUGUGAACUUUGAGCCACACAGAUGAAUUAAGAAGGAACACGUAGUGCGCAUACGUACCAGUUAAGCAAAAUAUUCGCAAAAAAUGUGUCAUGCAAUCUAUCGUAAGACCAUUAAACAA